AUGUCGAAAAGAGUUAAAUUAAACGAGGACAAUUCCACGGAUGCAGAUGGUGAAAAUGUUACCGAAACCGUACAGGCUAGAUUUGUUUCGGAUACCGGCGAUGAGGCUGGGCCUCCAAUCGAUUUACCAGCUGGCGUAACUGUUGAACAGUUGGGUUUAAUUUGUAACGCUCUGCUUAAAAAUGAAGAAGCCACGCCGUACAUCUUCUUUGUUGGCGAUGAUGAAAUUAAAAAGACAUUGGACACCACUCUGGACCUCAAGACAAUUGAUACGGAAAAUGUCAUUAGCAUUGUAUAUCAGCCACAGUCGGUGUUUAAAGUGCGUCCAGUGACCAGAUGUACAAGUUCCAUGCCUGGCCAUGCUGAAGCUGUAAUUUCUAUAAGUUUCAGUCCCGAUGGUACGCAUUUGGCUAGUGGAUCUGGUGACACAACUGUACGACUUUGGGAUCUUAAUACGGAAACGCCGCAUUUUACAUGUACUGGUCACAAACAAUGGGUUAUGUAUUUGGCAUGGUCACCAGAUGGAAAGAAGUUGGCAAGUGCCUGUAAAACAGGUAAUAUUAUGCUAUGGGACCCGGAAACGGGCAAACAACUGGGACGCACAUUAACGGGUCACAAGAAGUGGGUAAAUUGUUUAAGUUGGGAGCCAUAUCACAAAAAUCCAGACUGCCGUAAAAUUGCAAGUGCCAGCAGUGAUGGUGAUUGUCGAAUCUGGGAUACAGUACUGGGACAAUGUUGCAUGGUAAUAUCGGGCCAUACAUCAGCAGUUACUGCUGUGCGUUGGGGUGGGGCAGGUUUAAUCUACACCUCAUCGAAAGAUCGAACGGUAAAAAUUUGGCGUGCCGCUGAUGGUGUUCUCUGCCGAACAUUCACCGGUCAUGCCCAUUGGGUGAAUAACAUUGCUCUUAAUACUGAUUAUGUUCUGCGAACAGGUCCAUUCCAUCCAGUUCAGGAUCGAAAUAAAAAAUAUUGUGACAUAAAAAAGGAAGAAUUACAGAAUAUGGCAUUGCAACGUUACAAACAAGUGUGUCCAGACGAUAUUGAAUCAUUGGUAUCUUGCUCGGAUGAUUUUACACUGUAUCUGUGGGUAUCCAAUCAAAAUAAAUGCGUACAGCGUAUGACAGGGCAUCAGAAUGUUGUAAAUGAUGUUAAAUACUCGCCAGAUGUAAAACUGAUAGCUUCAGCUUCAUUUGACAAAUCUGUGCGGCUGUGGCGUGCCAAGGAUGGACAAUUCCUAAACACUUUCCGAGGCCACGUUCAGGCCGUUUACACAUUAGCAUGGUCGGCAGAUUCCAGAUUACUUCUUAGUGGAAGUAAAGAUUCAACAUUAAAAGUUUGGAGUGUACAAACCAAAAAAUUGGCACAAGAACUUCCGGGACAUGCUGAUGAAGUGUUUGCUGUAGAUUGGGCACCAGAUGGCUCUAAAGUAGCAUCGGGUGGUAAAGAUAAAGUUGUCAAAUUAUGGGCCUACUAG